AGAUAUCAUAGAGAGCAACUGCAGGGAAAGAUCUCCUGUUUGGGGAACUCCAUCCACUGACUAGGCAGUGUGCAAGACAGGAGACUUUUAGACCUGGAAAAACUAGUGGAUUGGCCAGCAUCAUCAGCCUCAUGGACUCCCAGGAAAAUCCAAAGGGAAUGGGGCCAUCCUCUUCUCAGCCAGGUUUCCUCAACUUCUCACAGGUUCCAUUGGCGAUGCCCAUGCAGCUCUAUAAAUCAAAAGUACACCUGCAGAAAUUCCUGAAAAUGGAGCCCAAGGUCCUGGGGACCAUCCAGAUCAUAAUUGGCCUGGUGAACUUCAGCUUAGGAAUGGUUCUCAUUUUGAUUCCUAUGGAUCCUUACAUGCACGAAUCUUUUUUGUUUCACAGUGGCUACAUAUUCUGGGGAACAGCAUUUUUCAUCAUCUCUGGCUCUCUCUCCAUCGCUGCAGAAAAGAAAACCACAAAUACUCUGAUCCAAAGCAGCCUGGCGAUGAACAUUCUUAGCUCAGUGGUGGCCGGGCUGGGAAUCAUUUUUUUCUCACUCAACCUGAUAUGGUUUGAUCACGCUCACUAUUUCUGUUACCGAAAUAAUCAGAAUGAAGUCUGUAUUUUUGGUCAUUUUCUGUUAGUGGGAAUCAAUAUUAUUCUUCUGAUCCUAACUAUUUUGGAAUUUAUCCUGUCCCUCGUGGUCUCAGGCUUUGGCUGCAAGACAAGCUGCUGUAAUCAGAGUGGGGUCACCGUGUUCAUGCCUUCCCCACCUUCCGUGCCAGAAAAUCCAACUGCUGAAGCCUGCAAAGGAGGGACAGUUCAGAGCCCAGCUGCUGACCCAAGUGCAUUGCCAGGAAGCCAUCCUGACAGUUUCGUAUAGAGCGCAUGCUUCCCUGUUUUUAGGGAAGGCUUUGCCUUGCUGGCUGUUUCUCAAUUUUAAAAAAAGAAAAAAAAUAAUGAUGAUUUCCUUGGUUU